AUUAGUAUCAUAUUAGGACGAAGGAUUUUUUUAGAUAUGUCCCAUAAACAUAAAUAAACCGUCAGCAUAGCGUAAAUAUGACCUGUAAUAGGUUAUCAGUUGUGCAAACUGCUAUUGAACUAUUUGGACGAGAGAUAUACAUGAUUAAUCUACUAUAAAAAAAUACUUGCAAUAGUUGCUAGUCACUGUUAUUUAUUACUGCAGUAUCUUUUCUUGAAAAGUGACGUUCUAAAAAUGGAACUGCUGAGAAAGUGGAGAUUAAGAAAAAUAGCAACCAUAGCAACUAUAAGUUUAGUUUUGGUGAUUUUAUUACCUCUGUGCUACCUGAUACGCCAAAUAAUAAACUUGAUCCUUAAGUUGUACUACGGUAAGUAUUAUGGUGGUAUAUUAGAAAAUGCAGACUGCAUGUGGGCUGCAGAAUCAGAUAUAAAUCAGUGUGUUACUAUACUACAUAUUUACAAAACCUCGAUAAAGAAUCCAGGUGAUUUUAUAAAUCGAGUCAAAGACUCCCAUUCAAAAAUAUUCAAAGACUGCUUUCCUAAAAUAACAAGCAUCCUCAAGACCUUCAUGGGGUAUGGAUAUUUGGUAAAAAAUCAAGUUUCUUCAGACGAAGCAGUGAGAAUAGUGACAGUGGGAUCAUACCACAGUGAUUACUUAGAAGAAAGUGACCUACCUAGAAUUAUUAACAUAAUUGCAAGCAGACCUCUACAGAAAGGUCUUAUAGAAAUACAUCUUGUUCCCAAGCCCUUAAAACGGAAAACAAGAGAUGUCACUGAAUGGCAUUAUGCAGUAGUCUAUAAAGUUCAUCACAUUGUUGGAGAAGGUUUGGGUCUUCUGAUGUUUUGUAUGGAAAGCUUUGCGGACGACCAAGUGAAAGUAAAGGAGUUCAAAUCAAAGCUGUCGCAAAGAUUUUCUGGUAAAACCAACAACAGAAGCUGUCUAUCUAAAAGACUGAAACACUACUUAGCAAGUGUAAUGUUGAUAUUAAAGCUGCCGUCUUUUGUAUCGAAUCAAUUCAAGAAAGAUUUGAAACAUGCAAGGUCAGUAAGAAAUGCGGAUAAUGUAGCGUUAAAAGGAGCGAAUUUGAUUUAUGCUAUCGAGUCUGAAGAUCAGAAAUCUCUUUCAAAGCUAAUGGAGAUAAAAAGAAUUUCUGGUGCUACGGUCAGUUCCGUCAUUUUAGCUGCAAUUUGUCGAGCAAUGAAGGACAAUAGUACUGCGACCGUUCCACAAUCUCUAGAAGUGGCUGUUGUAGCGUUAGCACAAUUUCCAGAUUUGAAUUUGAAUGCUGCAACGCUGAAAAAUAAGUAUGCUUCUGGGGGUAUAUUGAAUCUGCCUGUAUUGGACUCCUCAACAAAAGAUACUUUAAAGCUUAUCAAUGGAGCCAUAGAUGUUCUAAAAAAAAGUAAUGAAGUUCAGAUGAACUACAUCAUAUUUAAUUAUAUAUUCGAGCAGAUUCCACUUCCUAUAUUGAGAAGGAUUCUCAGCGUGAACCGUACUACUGCCUGUCUUUCUAGUAUUCCUGGGCCUCAAAAGCUAACGUUUUUUGGUGGCUUAGAAUUGGUGGAUGUAGUUGGAUUUCUUGGACUUCCAUCAUACUUAGAGAUAGGAUUCUGUGUACUUACCUAUGACGACAGGUUACACAUUGGUAUAACCUGUACUAAGGGAUCACACUCAAAGGCAGGACUGAAAAAAAUAACCGAGUCUAUUUUUAAAUAUAUAGACGAGAUGUACCGAGAAGUAUGUACUUUUUGAAUUAUAAUUAUAAUAAUAUAUUGAUUAAUUAAAAUAUACAAAUAUAUAUUAAAUAACUAAGUAGA